CAUUAAAAAAACCUCCCACGAAACUUACCUGAAGAGUAAUUUUCCCCCAAAGAAGCAAAGAACACGCGCAGCUGUUAGAAUCUGCACAGAACGACAUGAAAAAAUUUGAUAAAGAAAAUGAAGGGGGAGGUGGAGCGGAGAGAAAAUCCGAAAAAGAUCAGAGCUGGAUCCCAAAGAUGUUUAAAAAGAGAGUGUGCACCACCUUUUUGGAGGAUUCCUCUAGUCAUGAGGCUUUGUGCCAGUGUGGUGGAGCAAAAGAAUCUCAUUUUAGUGUAACGACAGGUGAUGGUUUGGUCAGCAUUUGGGACAGUUUGCAACACACAUCUGAAUACCCCACUGAUGCAUUUGGAGAGGUGGAGUUUGCUGGAGCAGGACGCCGACACAAUCCAUUUUUGCGUUUCUCACAAGACACACCGCCUGACGUUGUGUACUCGCUUAUGACGACACAAUGGGGCCUCCCAGUACCAAAUCUAGUGGUGUCCUUGGUUGGGGGAGAGGGAAAAGAGAAGACGAAGCCCUGGGUACGAGAGAUGAUCAGACAGGGCCUCGUCCGGGCCGCACAAGGCACAGGGGCUUGGAUCAUGACGGCAGGUCUGAAGGAGGGAAUAAGUCGCUGUGUAGGUGAGGCAGUACGGGAUCAUUGUGCAACAGUGUCAUCGCUCUCCCAGGCCAAAGUUAUAGCUGUGGGUGUCGCGCCCUGGGGCUCGAUUUACAAACGUCAGCAACUCAUAAACCCACAGGGCAGUUUUCCAGCUCGAUACUAUGCACAUAACAUGCCGCAUGACUCCAGCUGCCUGGAUAAUAACCACCAGGCCUUCCUCUUAGUGGAUGAUGGAAGUAUAGGUCACAGAGGGAGUGAGACGCAGUUCAGAGCCAACCUUGAAGACUUCAUAUCCCAUCAGCGAACUGGCAUCUGGGGAAGCAUCGAGAUUCCUGUUUUGUGCAUGCUAAUCGCAGGAGAUGCUGCAAUGCUAGAGAGAGUGGAUUCAUCUCUGAAAAAUACCACUCCAUGGCUGAUCCUGGCGGGUUCGGGCCCAGCAGCAGACCUGAUAGCUGGCAUAUUGAGAGACCUCAAUACACCCUCGACUCCACCCACGAGUCCCACUUUGCCAUCUCCUGACAAACAGUCCAGCACAAGCAACAAUGCCGAGCUCACGAAUCGAGUGAGAGAGAGAAUCAAAAAACAUUUCCCUUUUGAGACUGAUCUGGAUAAACUUGUGGAUCUGGCACUCAGUAUCUGUGAAAACAAAGAUCUAAUCACUGUGUUCCAUGGAGACAAGGAAGGACUAGACGACUUUGACACAAUUAUCCUUAAAGCUCUUGUAAGAGCUGCUAAAAAAGACUCAAAUGAUGCUAGUGAGUACACUGAAGAACUAAAGCUGGCUGUGGCCUGGAAUAGAGUGGACAUCGCCAAAAGUGAACUGUUCAACAGUGACAUCCAGUGGACGUUUGAGGAUCUGGAGGAAUCAAUGACAGAUGCUCUGGUGAACGACAAACCUCAGUUUGUUCGACUAUUCGUAGAAAGCGGGCUGAACAUUCUGGACUAUCUGACGUACCACCGUUUAGAAAAUCUGUACAGCUCAUUGUCUGACUCCACACUGGUCUACUCGUUCCUCCAGAGAAGACUGCACGAGCGAGUGGGUAUAGCUGCCUCUCAAAACAGAUUAACUCUCCAACCUAAUGAUAAUUUACCUUUUAAACACUCCAUCAACACCCACAUUCCUCCUGCUAUACAAGAACUCACCCUAUAUGAGGUUUCACGGAUGUUAUCUGAGAUCAUGGAGGAUGUGUGUCAGCCAUUUUACUAUGAAGCUCUGGAUCUGGAUCAGAAAGUGACCUCAAAGAAAGCAAUGAAGCUUGUGAAUAAGAUGCUGCUAGAGAUUCCUCAGUACCGAAAGAAACGCUGUACAAAUCCCUGGGUCGCUCUCUUCACUUGGGCCGUCCUGCAGAAUCGCAGAGAAAUGUCCAUUUACUUCUGGGAAAUGUCGGGAGAGUCAGUUCUAAGCGCUCUUGCCGGGUGUAAGAUAUUAAGAGAGCUCUCAAAAUUGGAGACGGAGACUGAGGAAAAACAGUCCAUGAAGGAACUGGCUCAGACCUUUGAGAAUCUGGCACAUGACGUGUACAGUGAAUGUUACCAGAAUAGCGAAAGCCACUCUUUUAAGCUUCUCAUCAGACAGUCACUUGUAUGGGGUGAGGCCACCUGUCUGCAGAUGGCUACAGCAGCUGAUGCCCGCCUCUUUUUCAGCCAUGAUGGAGUGCAGACUUUAUUGUCGCAGAUUUGGUGGGGCGACAUGGAUAGCAAGACAGAGGUGUGGAAAUUGGUUCUUGCAUUUUUCAUGCCUCCCUUCAUCUAUUCCGACCUCAUUAAUUUCAGAGUGGAGGAGAAAGAAGAAAACCCAGAGGAUUAUCAACAGGGUAAAGAAUUCGACAGUGUGGAGGGAGUAGAGUCCACGGCUGAGAUCUUGCCCACAGAAGAAGACUUGGAGGAAUGUAUCGCUUUAAGAGAAAAUCCUGAAGCAGUGUCAAAGGCUAACCCCCCCAAACGGCCUUUUAUGAUAAAUCGAUGGAGGCAGUUCUGGUUUGCGCCCGUCACUUCGUUUCUAGGCAACGUGUUGAUGUACUUCCUUUUCCUCUUCCUAUUCGCUUACGUCCUAUUGGUUGACUUCAAGCCUCCACCUCCAAUAGGACCCUCUCCUGUGGAGUUUGUGUUGUAUUUCUGGGUUUUCACUCUGGUCUGUGAGGAACUUCGACAGACUUUCUGUGUAGGAACCACAACUAUUGUUCAGAGGAUGAAGCUGUACAUCCAAGACAUCUGGAACAAGUGUGAUCUCACAGCCAUCCUACUCUUUCUUCUUGGUCUUAUCUGCAGGAUGUUUCCAUUUUCGUUUGAUUUUGGUCGUUCAGUACUGUGUCUGGACUACAUGGUGUUCACUCUCAGACUAAUUCAUAUAUUCGCCGUUCACAAACAGCUUGGUCCGAAAAUCAUCAUAGUUGGCAAAAUGGUGAAAGAUGUGUUUUUUUUCCUUUUCUUCCUGGGAGUGUGGCUUAUGGCAUACGGAGUAGCCAAUCAAGCACUGCUAUACUCCUAUGAUUCCCGUCCUGGUUGGAUAACUCGACGAGUGUUUUACAGGCCAUACAUGCACAUAUAUGGGCAGAUACCUUUGGAUGAAAUAGAUGCUGACAAGCGAGCUGAGAAAGAAUGCACUGACAAUGUCACUCUUAUCCACGGAGGGGCGGAGCCUUGCCCCCAGUCUGACGCUAAUUGGCUGGUUCUUAUUCUGCUGUCAGUCUAUUUGCUGGUAACCAAUAUCCUGUUGGUGAACCUGCUUAUUGCCAUGUUCAGUUACACAUUCAAUAAGGUUCAGGAGCACAGCGACGUACACUGGAAGUUUCAGCGCUAUAACCUUAUCGUAGAGUAUCACUCACGGCCCUGCCUCGCCCCGCCCUUCAUCAUCAUCUCUCACCUGCAUAUCUUCAUCAAGAGAGUCAUCCAAAAACGGCCUUCUGUUAAGAUCCAACACUUCGUGUUGAAUAUAAAAGACAAACAGGCCAGUUGGCUGAAUACGUGGGAGUCCAUGCUGAAAGAGAACCUGCUAUCCGUGGAGGGCAAGAAACUAAGAGAGAGUGACACAGAACGACUCAAACGUACUUCUACAAAGGUGGACAGCGUACUGAAGCAAAUGGUGGAGAUUCGUGAUCAUGAUCGAAGGUUAAGAAAGCUGGAGACAGAGGUGGAGUAUUGCUCUACUGCCCUCUCCUGGAUCGUGGAGGCACUGUCUCGGAGUGAUCUAGUAAAGCACACACCUCCACCACCUCCUCCACCUCCUUCCAAAGGCAUAGCACUUAAAAGUCCAACUUCUCACAGAUGAAAACCAAUAAGCAGACGUGUGCACUGUUGUGGAUUUAAUCAAAUAUAUAUAUACAAUGAAUUCAUAUUCUUUAUGUUAAAAAAGUUUUUUGGUUCAGACUUUUAUACAUUUCAUUAGAACAUGGAUAUAUUUAUUGUUUAGAAAACAAUACUUGUAAAGUAGCUAAGUUCUAAAUCAUCUUUUAUAAUAUAUUAUUUCUAAAUCAAUCAACGGGUAAUACAGGCUAUACAGGGCAGGGGCGUAGCUAGAAUUUUAUUUUUGGGGGGUUCCAUCUGAAAAUGAGGGGGCAACUCUAUAUAUAUAUUUUUUUCUUCUUCUCGCACAUCUUUCCGUGCUUUUUUGAAAAAGCGUAAUAUUGUACUUUGAGCGCCAGCUGCCAUUGUCACCAAAUAUUAAUGAACUCUCAUGCAAAGAUGACAGCAUAAGUUAUGCACAACAACACGUGACAUGAUCUAAUCCAAUCAAGUUUGAAAACAGCUGUCAAUCAGACUAAGAAAUCAACAUUUUCUUAUUUUAUUUAAAGCAAUUGGAAAUCUGAGGGGGCGGACAUGUAAAUGAGGGGGCCAAGGCCCACCCAGGCCCCCUCGUGGCUACGCCCCUGAUACAGGGUGGUAAAAUGUAUUUAUAUUUUGUAUUAUCUUGCAAAUAACUGGCAAAUAUGUAUGGGUUUAACAGUGUAAAAAUAAACUUUGUUAGAACAUUUAAAUUAGUUUGUGUAAAUAUCUGGGCCCACACUUAUAAAAUGCUUCAUAGAAACAUUCCUAAUUUGGAUCAUACAAUCUUUUUUUAAGCACGUACGCGUGAUUCAUGAAACGAAUUUACGCAACGAAAACGCGCGUACACCUCACUUUCAGAUGUGAAAUCUAUAAAUCUCAAAUGAUCUUAAAAAUUAAGUGUGCGCAGCUGAACAGUUUCAGAUGUCCUUUUAAACGAUGCCCAAUUUAAAUCACUGGCAAUAUUUAAAAGAUCACCUGUCAAUGUUUAAAUCAUUUUCGAGUAGCAAGAUUGGCUGUUAUUUGCAAAAACCUGCAACAAUUGGACAAGCAAACGUGCGCACGUCUGCUCAGAUCCUGACAUGGUGCUAAGCAUAUUCCUACGUCAAAGACGUAGAUUAUUGCGUACGCACACUUUACGAUCAAAUCUGUGCAUAUAUGCACGCUUUAUAAAUGAGGCCCCUGAACUAAAUAUAUGCUCUGCUGAAAAUCCUCUUUAAUUAACUUUAUAUUUUAAAUAAUAUUUUUCUGAGGUAGACAUAGCCUACCUUAAACAUCAAAUUUUUAAAAAUGUUUUCUUUUAAAAUAGGUUGUUUUUAUGGUAAAAAUUAUUAAUCGUGUUUCCUGUCCAGAUUCAUUCGUUUAUUUGUUUGUGUGUUUUAUUAUGGUCUGUAUGUGCGUAUUGCAUCAUGGAAAUCAAAGCAUUUUUUUUGUAAUGUUAACUUAUUAAAAACUUUUGUACGAUUUUCAAAAGACAGCUGUCAGAUGCAAACUUUUCCUAUUAAAUUUAAAUUUGUCUUUGUAAUCCUCCUCUUCGAUUUGUAUUCUCACUCUGUACUAUUGCCCAAUUGUAAUGACCUGUCCCCUUUUGAGUAGCAUUUGACUCCUAGGUUGACAUGGUCUUAGUUUCCUACAAGCCUUACAUGGCAAGAGCGUAGGGCAGAUCAGGUUAUCGUCUUCAGUAACUGUGCCAGGGGGAAGGGGGGGCUCAACUCAUCUUAAGAUCUCUGCUUAAUUCUGACUAAAGCUAAAUCAGCACAUCAUUUCGGCAUACGUUUAGCUGUUCGCUUGGUGUGAACAUGGAAGUGCUCCUGUGUGAAGAAGAGAAUCUAUUGCAAGCAUAUCUAAUUUGCUUAAUUAAUUGUUUAUAGAGAAGCA